AAUCAGACCAUUUCUCAAAUCCAAGAGUCGAGAGAACCCGGCUUCACCCCGUUUCGCCCAACAACCUCGACCAAUUGAUCCGCCACCACCACCGACGAGACCAUGUUCCUGCAGCGCUCCGCCGUGGCCGUCGCGCGCCGCGCCGCCGUGGCCUCCCCGAUGCUUCGUCGCAGCAUCGCUACCACCGCUGUGCGCCACAAUGCGGUUCCCGAUCAGCCCAAGAUCAAGACCUUCAAGGAGGUCAAGACGGAGGAGGACCUCAUCGGCCCCGGUGCCGCUCCGGGCACCGUCCCCACCGACCUCGAGCAGGCUACCGGUCUUGAGCGUCUCGAGAUCCUCGGCAAGAUGGAGGGCGUCGAUGUCUUCGACAUGCGGCCCCUGGAUGCUUCGCGCCGCGGCACGCUCGAGAACCCCAUUUUGGUCCGCUCCGCCGGCGAGGAGCAGUACGCCGGUUGCACCGGUUUCCCGGCCGACUCUCACAACGUCUUGUGGCUCACGAUGACCCGCGAGCGCCCCGUCACCCGGUGCACCGAGUGCGGCAACGUCUACAAGAUGGAGUACGUCGGCCCCGAGCACGUGGACCACCACUACCACAACCCCUACGGCCUCAAGGAGCCCAAGACCAUUUCCGACUACAUCAAGCCCGAGUACUGGUAAACAUUGAGCCGGAGAAGGAGGUUGGGAGGUGCGGACGUACGAAGGAGGAUGUGAGUCGGGCUGGGCUUGUAAAACUAUCGCCGCGAGCAGAUGAGGUUGUAUAGAGGACUUUGCUAUGUAUCCGCAACCUGUGAUGCAGCAUUCCGACCUUGCUUGAUCACGGUUCCUAUUGUUCACUGGAGCAAUUGCCGCUAGGAUUUGAUCCCAGCUUGCUGCCCGU